AUACUUCAAAGCGAGCAUUUCAUCAUGGCCAGAAUGACACCACUUAGUCCACGCCCAAUGCAGCACAUUGACCGACGCGACCUGUACACAAGCCUCGAAUCACGGAUCCAAUACCUACACUCUUUCCUCGACUUCAGUUCCCGCGACAUUGAAGCCCUCUCGUCGGGCGCAAAGAUAAUCCGCACUCUAAUACCCGCCGUGGUAAACAUUGUGUACAAGAAGCUGCUGCAAUACGACAUCACAGCGCGCGCCUUUACAACGCGAUCGACAUCCUAUUCGGGACGGGUAGAUGCACAACUCAGCGAAGACUCACCGCAAAUCCUACACCGCAAGAUGUUCCUGCGCGGCUACCUCAACAAACUGUGUAGCGACGCAUCCAAAAUGGAGUUUUGGGAGUAUCUCGACAAAGUAGGAAUGAUGCAUACUGGACAAGGAAGAGUGCACCCGCUUCAUGUGGAGUAUGUGCAUGUUGGCGUUACGCUGUCGUUCAUACAGGACAUCAUGACCGAAGCGGUGUUGUCGCAUCCCCGGUUGAAGAUGGAGCGCAAGAUUGGGCUUGUCAAGGCGCUGUCAAAAGUGCUUUGGAUCCAAAACGACCUGUUUGCAAAGUGGUACGUGAAAGAUGGCGAGGAGAUUGCGGAGGAGCGAUUGGUGCCGGAAGUCGAGCCAGAGGGGUACUUGCAUGGCAAGAGGGUGUUGCAUGGCAGCGAUGGAGAGAAGGAGAUUGAGGAGGCGGCUAGAGCAGCGGGCAGUUGCCCGUUUAAGAAUCUGGCCAUGUCGCCGAGGCGCGAGAGCGAUAGACGAGAGGCCGAUGCAGCGGAAAAGUCCAAGUCGAGAAAUGGAGAUGGUUCGGUGCAGGCCGCAGAUACGCCGAUGCGCCAACCAAUAUGGCCAAGCACGAGUGAUUUAAGUCACGGUGCCAUAGCAGGCGGAGUAUUAUUAUCGUCAAUUAUCAUGAAACAGUGAACAUGUUCCGA